AACUAAUUUGGCGGCAAAAGUUGUUUUUCUUUGUAGCUUGGCUUGACAAUAGCUUCACUUCAUCCAUCAAGAACAAUCAAGUUCAUUUUCGCGUAAACAAUAUUAUUUAAUUUUUCUGCAUGCAUUUAUUUUUAUUUUUUUGUUUUCAUUAUGGCUCCAAUUUCAAUCCAGCAUGCUAAGGAGAGUAACUUUGCUCAAUUUGCCAGGCUGAUCGAUUCAAUGGAAAACCGGUACAUGAAUGUUGGCUCUGAUGGCAUUGUUGAUAUCAAUAGUUUGCAAGUUAUAAGAACUAGAAGUGGUCGUGUUUCCAAACCUAGGGUAUCUAUAACACCAAAUAGACCAAUAGAUAAGAAAAGAAAAGGAAGAUCAUCUUUAUACAGUAAUACAUCUUCAUCAACACCUUUAACAAAUUCAUCAUCAGCAUCAUUACCAGUUUCAUCAUCAUCAACACCUUUACCAGCUUCAUCAUCACAAGAUAGCUCUAGUUUCGAUCAAACUCAGAGUCAACCACAACGAGCUAUCACAAGUAAUCAUAAUAGAAGCAUUCUUUUCGACCGACCAGCCCAGAAUGCGGCAAGCAAAAGUUUACUUGCAAUUCUUAAAGCAGGAGGACCAUUGGCUGCCAAAACUGCGCGAAAUAUUUACGAAAGAGCUUUGAUUGUUUUAGGACGUGACGAUUUACCCAACAAAGCAAAGAUGCGACCAUUUUUUACUUUUCAUGAAGAACAAGACGUAGGUGUCACCUUUCUUUUCGAUACUCCUGAUUAUACUCCAUGGACUCUAAUUUGUUUGAAAUUUUUCGGCGAGGAAAAUCUUGAUUUGUACAAACAAAUCUACAAUUAUGUUCUGGCAGAAGCGGCUAUGAGAAGCCGUCAAAGUGAUUUCUCAAUGAGAACUAUUACUUCAAAUGUGCGAACACCAGCUAGUGCGAAAACAGAUUAUCUCGCUUUGAUGCCUUGUCCACAAAAUGAUCCAAAACGAAUGGAAGUUGAUGAAGACGAUUUGGAAAACUUGAAUACACAACAGACUCCUCAUCGAACACGUUCAUCAAAUCAAGUUGUAUCAGCCAAAGCAUCACCAUCUGUACUCUCGAAGGCCUACGUUACUGCUUCCUCGUCUAUGCCAAUUUACCAUCCGUCAAUCGAAAGCAUUGUUUAUCAGAAUGACGCACAGUUAGCCUCAUUGAGAAAACUUGCAGAGAUUCUUCGACAGAAUGAUGAAGAAAGCCGACAAGUUAAAAGGAAAUUAACAGCUCGAGCUGCUAAAGCACUAGGAAAUUGAGUCUAUGCCUUAUGGCCGAGAUGUAUUACCAUUUUUCACUUUCCAUGAAAAAGAGAUCGGUGUCAGCUUUUUGUUCAACAUAGAGACAUUGAGUCCAUGGGUCAACAUUUGUCAGCUCUACUUCGGAGAUGAAAUUCUAGAAUUAAACAAAGAAAUAUAUCGAAUGAUGAAUCAACCUCGCUCUGAAUCUUUGUUAAUGUUGGAAAAAUUGUGCAAAUUGUAAAACCAUCAGUUAAUACAAACACUUUUUAUUCAUUAUGAAUUGUCCAAUUCGUUUGAUUAUUCCUCCUUAUUUAUAAUUGCAGCUGAAAACCUUUUGAGACUUUGUCUUAAAAGUAGUCUAUAAGAUGGAGCCAAAGAUCAAGUGUUUAACUUUAAGAAAGUAAUAAAUUAUUGAGAUUUAAAUGAAAAAAAUAAGUUACUAUUAUUAAAGAUUAAUAAUUUUCUA